AUGACGACGAUAAAUCUCCAUGAUUACGUAGAUGAUGAAACGAGACCAAGAAGAAAACGGAUGAAGCCAUCACCGACUUACGAUUAUUCAAAAUUUCAACCUGGAAAUAUCGUGAAAUUGAGACUACAAAACGUAAUGACAUACUCUAUCACUGAAUUUAACCUGAGCCCUUCGUUAAAUAUGCUCGUGGGACCAAACGGGUCCGGUAAAUCAACUUUUGUCUGUGCUGUAUGUCUUGGGUUAGCAGGUAAACCAGAAUAUAUUGGUAGAAGUAAGAAAAUCGAUAAUUUUAUCAAAAAUGGUGAGAAUACAGCCCAAAUUGACACUUUCUUAAGAGGGCAUAUGCCUAAUGAAGUAAUUAAGAUAACAAGAAUCAUGACCAGAAAUAAAAAAAAGUCUGAGUACUAUAUAGACGACUCUCCCAGCACAGAAACUGCAGUCAGGAAAUUGGCCAGUGAACUCAAUAUUCAGCUAGAUAAUUUAUGCCAGUUUUUGUCUCAAGAACACGUUGAAGAUUUCGCUAAAUUAAAAUCUGACAAACUAUUGAUUGAAACUAUUAGAUCAAUUAAUCCAUCAUUAUUAGAAACUUUAGAAGAUUUAAAACAACUUCAAACAAAAGAAAUUGUUUCAUCUCAGGAUGUUGAACUUAAAAAUAAGAAACUUAAAGAAUUAGAAGAUAAGAAAGAUAAACUAGAAGUGUCCGUUAAAUCAUUAGAAGACUUUGAAAAUAAAAAAAUUGUCUUGGACAAGCAUAAUAAAUUAUUACCUUACGUGUAUAUUAAAGAGCACAAGGAAAAAUUAAAAGCUUAUAAAAAUGAUUAUGAAAUAGCGAAAAAUAAUUUGAAAAGCCUAAUAAAGGACAAGAAACCCUUCCAUUCAUCUCAAGUAUCGGUACAUGAAACUCUUGAAGAAACAAAAAAUAAACAUACCUUAAAAAUAUCUGAGAGGAAUGAACUUGUUCAGAGACUAAAUCAAACCACAGAAAAAUUGAAUCUGGUAAGAGAAGAUAUAUUGAAGAAAAAUAGCCAAAUCGACUAUUAUAAAAAUAGAAAUGAGAAAAUUAAGAAUUCUAUCAAGUUAACGGAACAGGAAAUAGAAACUAAUCAAAACGUUCUUUCACAAAUACAGUUACCUGACCCUAAGGACAUUGAACAGAUAUCUUCACAGCAAAAUACCUUAAUUGAGGAAGAGGGCCGCAUUCAUACUUCCAUAACCGAUAUCGAUAAUACUGCUAACACAGUUAACUAUGAAAUCACACAUAUAGCAAGACAGGCGGAGCAAAAACAGAGGUUAUUGACAGGAAACGACAGGAUUGGUAUUCUUGAUUCCAGAGGAGAUUUUAAAGACGUCAAAAACGCCAUAUUAUUUAUUCGUACACAUGAGGAUGAGGACCUAAAAUCUAAAAUUUUGGAGCCUCCAAUAAUGUCUAUUGCCACAAAAGAUCCUGGAUUUGCUCCAUAUUUGGCCCAAUGUAUUGAUUAUAACACAUCAAAGGCGCUAACUAUUGUUGAUCAGCAAACUUUUAAUAACUAUGGAGAUCAGAUACUGAAAAAUUUCAAAGUUAAUUUGAGAGAACUUUCAAGUGCACAAUUAAAACCUCCAAUACCGAGAGAUGAGUUGCAGCGGAGAUUUGGGUUUGAGGGAUAUCUGUCUGAUUUUGUAAGUGGUGAUCCGAAUGUCAUCAGGAUGGUUUGUGAAUUCAGCAAUAUACAUACUAUUCCAGUUUCCAGAAGAGAAUUAUCCGCCGCUCAGGUCGCAAAACUUACGCAGCCAACAGAAGAUGGCAAACCCCUCUUCAGAAGGGUUCUUUACGGCAAUAAAAUGGUAAAUAUUAGGCAAUCUUCUUAUGGAUCAAAACAAAUAUUUACUGUGGAAUCAAAUAUCAGUCCAACAAAAUUCUAUCGUUCAAAUAUAAUAUCACAGGAUGUAAAAGAUAAGGUGAACGCUGAAAUAGAUUCGCUGAAGCAAAAGAAGAGCCAGUGUUUACGUAGGUUGGAAACAUUAUCGAGCAACAAGAAUGAUUUAAAGGAGCGUCGUUCGGAUCUUAGAAGGGAGCUAGACACUCUACGUGAUAAGGCAUACAGACUAAACGAGCAAAGGAAAAAGCAUUCUAUGACUAAAAGCAAUAUCGAAUCUUUACAGCAAAGGCUGGAGACCUACAAGGACGAAGCCAGGAAAGACGUCUCUCAAAAGGUUAAAGAUGUGGAGGGUAAAAUCAGUGAACAAUUAAUAUCACAGGCGAAGCUUCUAACUGAUAUGACGAAUGUCAUGAAAUCUGUAAACUCUGUAGAGAGGGACGUUAUGGAAAUGAAGAUUAAAGUUUUCGAACAGCAAAAUUUGCAGACAUCAUUGAACGAAGUCGUAGGGAUUUUCAACAACCGUGAAGUCGAGUUACAAGAAGAAUACAACACAAAGAAAGAGAUUAUUAAAAGAAUGAAGAAUACUAAUGAGUUUAAGGAUUGGAUGGACCAAAUUAGAACAUACGGUGAAGAUGAUAGAGAGGCCCUAAAUGAACUGGCAGAAUCAUAUGAAAGAGGGGAUAAAUUCAAUUCCAGCUAUAUUAAAGACUAUAUUGAGAAGUUAGAAUCUGAAUUAUCUAUGAUGAAUCAUGAUACUUCGUCAGUUACGAUUCUAAAGCAGGUUGAAUCAGAACUAAAUCACUUGCGCGAAACUCUACCUACCCAGGUCAAAGAAUUGAAGGAAAUAAAACUAGAGAUGCGGAAAAAACAUGAUUUAUUAGAGCCCCAAUUGAAUGAAUUGGUUGCUAAAAUUUCAAAAACAUUUGCCAACCUUUUCACUAAUGUUGGAAGUGCAGGCUCGGUCAAUCUAGUAAAACCUCAUCUAUAUAAUGAUUGGAAAAUUGAAAUUAUGGUUAAAUUCAGAGAUAAUACGCAACUGAAACGACUGGACUCGCAUACUCAAUCAGGUGGUGAGAGAGCUGUAUCCACUGUUCUCUACAUGAUAGCAUUGCAGGAAUUCACAGCAGCACCUUUCAGGGUUGUCGAUGAAAUAAAUCAAGGUAUGGAUCAAAGGAAUGAAAGAAUUGUGCACAGAGCAAUGGUAGAGAAUGCAUGUGCGGAAAACACCUCACAAUAUUUCUUAAUUACACCAAAACUAUUAACAGACCUGUAUUACCAUGAAAAGAUGGCUGUCCAUUGCGUAUUUGCUGGCUCUGCUAUACCAGAUCCUUCACAAGAUUCUAGCAUUGUACAUUUUGGAGAACUUACUACAUAUGUAGCAUGA